UCCAAAAGUCGACCUGUGGAAGUAUAAAUAUUCUACUUAUCUUAAGUGGCUUAUUUACAAAAUUACCUAUGCAAUUACACAUACAGCGUGUGUGUGCACUGUGCAGAUCUACUAAACUUUAUAUAUAAUCAUGUGUCUCUACGACUUUUAACUUUACAAGUUUAUAGUACAAGUUUCAACGGGAACGAAAUCAACGGAUAAGAUGUUUGUUGUGUUUGUCCUGCACUACUUAACAAAGAUUUAAAAUGUCAUAUAAAUUUUGUAACUUGUAACUUUAUUUUCUUGUGUAUCGCUGAUUUUGUUCAUAUUUACAACUUACAAACAAUAGAAAGACAUUGUACCUUUUCUUAUUUACACCGUCGUCGAUUACAAUAUGAAGGAUCGCAGUCGCAACUUCGGGUGUACAAAUAAAUAAAUGCUCUUAUUCUUCCAAUUUAACGAAAAUAAGGGAAUGUUAAUAUAAGUACAAGCUACCUAUGAAUUCUUUCUAAAGCUCAUAACGUAAAAAUAUAUAAGUUAUCACAACAGUCAAGAAAACAUCAUAUGUAACUUUAAUAGCGAAUCAAGUUGUGAAUCGUUUUAUAAGCAUGUCACGUCAUAAACAAUCGAAUAAUUGGAGAAACGAUUGUAGGACUAACUGGAGAAGUCAGGAUGAUGAACCAGGUCCUGCGAAUUAUGCCAAUUUUAAUGAACAGCAAAGUGAUGGAACAAGUAAUUCAAGGGACAGAGGUAGAGACUUUCCAUCGAACCGAAGAGGGAGGGAUAUCGGGAUGUUUUACAAAAACAGAAGAAGUGAUACAGGUGGCGGAAGUUCUGCCAGUUAUACCAAGCAACAAAGCGAUGAUGCAGGCCAUUCUAGAGGUAGAGAACGACAUCCUCCUCAUUUGAAAGGAAGAGAAAUUGGGAUGUUUUAUAAAGAACGAAGCAUGAAGAAAGAAAAAAAGGAAAAAAAACAGCAUGAAACUAAGGUAUUUAAAUUAAGGCCUGCCAUUGAGCAAAGAAUCCGAUCUCUGAUGGAAGAACCAAGGAGCUCGUACGACAGACAGCUUUAUGCAAGGGAUCAGAAUUUCUCCAGGAGUGAUAUUGAAUCUAGAUAUGAUCACAUCAACGACUCUCAGUUCAAGAGAAAAUUCCUCAAUAUUAUUAGUGGUAAUUUGCAAGAUAAUUUGGCAAAAUCUUUGUAUUCUGAACCAAAGUUGCGUAGAAAUGAAAGUAUAGACAAACAGUUGUUACACGAGUUGAAUAGAACUAUGGAAAGUACUCAGCACAAAAAUAUGUUAAAAUUUCGUGCUCGAUUACCAGCAUAUCAAAUGAGACACGAAAUUGUUGAUCUUAUUAAUAGAAACCAAGUUAUAGUUAUAAGCGGUGAAACAGGUUGUGGUAAGACUACUCAAGUUGCUCAGUUUAUAUUAGAUUACGAAAUUGAAUGUGGUAGAGGUAGUGUCACAAGUAUUGCUUGCACUCAGCCCAGAAGAAUAUCAGCGAUAUCGGUGGCUGAAAGAGUUGCUAGUGAAAGAGCGGAAACUGUAGGAAAAUCUGUAGGAUUUCACAUACGUUUGGAAAGGAAACUGGCUAGAUCUUACGGAAGCAUAUCCUUUUGCACCACUGGUAUGUUAUUGCAAUUCAUGCAGUCCGAUCCGGCUUUGAGAGAUUACUCUCACAUUAUUUUAGAUGAAAUUCACGAACGAAGUACACAAAGUGACUUUAUUAUUACUUUACUUAAAUCAGUCAUUCCUAAGAGGCCUGAUUUGAAAGUUAUUUUAAUGAGUGCGACAUUAAAUUCUGAACAAUUUUCCGCGUAUUAUGGAAAUUGUCCAAUGAUUCACAUUCCCGGGCUUACUUAUCCUGUUGAAGAAUUUUACUUAGAAGAUGCAAUAGCAGCAACAAGAUUUCAAUUUCCGGUGGAUCCCAAUGUCCCUGGUAAGGCCAAAGGCCAUGGAAAAAAAGCUAUGAAAAGAAGAGAAGCAUUGAAAAAACUCGAAGAGUACAAUAACCUCAUAAAACCAUACAUCAAGCACUUGGAAAGAUUGCAAACUUAUCCCUCUUUCGUGUUUAAAGAAUUGGCAAAUCCUAAGUGUGAGGAGCUUUCACUAAAUCUCAUUAUGGAAUUAACAAAAUACAUUUGUGUGACAAAAGGUCCUGGUGCAAUAUUAAUUUUUUUGCCUGGUAUAAUGGACAUUUCAAAAUUGAACAGAAUGAUGCUUGAGAGCGGUCAUUUUCCAAAAGAUAGGUACACAAUUUAUCCGUUGCACUCGAGAAUGCCGACCGUCGAUCAGAAACUCAUUUUUGAAGUGCCAGAGGAAGAUAUCCGUAAAAUAAUAAUUGCAACCAAUAUUGCUGAAACAUCCAUAACGAUAGAGGACGUUGUAUACGUUAUUGACAGUGGAAAAACUAAAAUGUCUAAUUUUGAUGUCAUGAAUAAUUUACAAACACUGGAAGCGGAAUGGGUGAGCUGUGCCAAUGCAAAGCAGCGCAGAGGUCGAGCUGGAAGAGUAAAACCGGGAGUAUGCUACCAUCUGUACACAAAAGCUCGCGCUCAAACAUUUGACGAAUACCCUCAACCAGAGAUGCUCAGAACUCGUUUAGAGGAAGUGAUCCUUCAAGUAAAAAUCUUGCAAAUUGGCAAAGCCCAUAAGUUCUUGUCCAGCGUUAUGGAUCCACCUAAUCCCGAGGCGAUCGAGCUUUCUAUAAAUUUACUGAGACAAUUGAACGCUCUUGACGAAAGAGAGAACUUGACUCCACUCGGCUAUCACUUGGCUCAGCUACCUUUAGAUCCUCGAACGGGGAAAAUGAUACUUUGGGCUGCGAUGUUCUCUUGUAUCGAUCCGAUAUUUUCGAUAGCUGCCAGUCUUUCGUUCAAAGAUGCUUUCUACUGUCCAAUAGGUAUGGAGGAAGAGGCUCGACAAAAGAAAUUGGAGCUGGGAAUGAACCAGUUUAGCGAUCACAUAGCUCUAGCUGAAGCUCUAAGGCGUUUCGAAAGCAUGCGGGGAAACGCGUGGGGUUUUUGUAGAGAAUACUUUCUCUCCUGGAACACGCUGAAACUACUAUCUGACAUGAAACAUCAGUUUUCAAAUUAUCUGUGCGAUAUGAAGUUUUUGAAUAGCAGGAAUCCAAAUGACGACUAUGCAAAUCGAAAUUCACACAACAAGUCGCUCAUCAAAGCUAUCGUCUGCGCUGGGUUGUAUCCAAAUAUCGCGAUUAUUAAAAGAGCAACAAAGAAAACAGUAAAGGCAAUAACAAUCGAAAAAGAACUCGUGAACUUGCACCCGGCUAGUGUGAAUGAUAAAAAAGCCGAGUUUCCUAGUCCAUACUUGACGUACUUCUUGAAGAGAAAAUCCACGGCGAUUUAUCUAUUUGAUACCACAGCUGUCAGUCUUUUGGCACUACUGUUUGCUUCUCCAAAUAGUUCUAUGAUGCAGGAACACAAUAACUGCAAGAUUACAAUUGCAAACGACUUAUCUUUUAUGUGUGAUCUGUCGACGGCAGCAAUAAUACAGAAACUUCACGAAAAAAUGGAUUAUCUACUAGAGUAUAAGAUAUCCAAUCCUGGAACAAUUGAUUGGAAUACCUAUGAAGGAAAUAUUUUAAGAGCUAUCAUUGAAUUGCUCUCCGAAGGCGAUGAACUCCUAGGAAUGGACUCGGGACAUUACCAUGACUGGCAGAACUUUGACGAAAAUUGUUACGAGUAUAACGAUGAGUACGAUGAUUAAUAUUUUGUUAAAAGUUACCACAAUGCUACUUUACAAGUGCUUCGAUUCGAAAACUGCUAAAGUUUCCCGAGUGUUAUGAUUAAGGUGAACAAUAACAUAAUUUGGUGAAAAACGAUAAAC